AUGGACUUCACCCAGAUUUGGGACAAGUUUGUGUGCUGUGUCUACAGCUUUGGGGGAUGGGAGCCGGAAAGGGUGGAAGUGACCCUUGGGGAUCGGGAGUAUAAUCAUCCCUAUUUUACAGAUGGAGAAGCAGAGGCCCAGAGCAGCCAGAUGCUCUGCCAGUGUCGGCAGGUGGAUGGGUGGUGUGAGGAGAUAAAGGUGCCGGUGCAGACACACACGCAGAGCCUGAGGCACAGCAAGGAAGAGCUGGACAGGCGUAACCAGGCCAUCCAGCGGCUGACUGUGGAGCCCUGUGAACUAGAGGGAGCCCAGAACCUGCCAGCUCUGCAGGAGGAGGGUGCCUCGGGCAGUGCCAAGGGCAAGCUGGCCUGGCUGGAGGCCGCCCUGCAGCGGGCUAAGCAGGACAUGGUGCGGCAGCUGCGGGAGUACCAGGAGCUCAUGAUCGUCAAGCUGGGCCUGGACUUUGAGAUCGCCACUUACCGCAAGCUGCUGGAGGGUGAGGAGAGCAGGCUUGGCCUGAGACUGGGGACAGGCAGCCUCACCCAAGACCGCGAUCCCACCUGCCGGCCGGGCUCGGCCUCGGGCCCCGCCCACGCCCUCCUGCUGCCGCCCGGAGCCGGCUCCGACGCCCGGGAGACGAGCGCCCCUGGAGGCGGCUGCGCGCUCUGCGGCUCCUCCUGCGGUGCAGGGGAAUUCGGCUGCAGAGGCUUCGGCGGCGGAUGUUGA